AACCAAACAUUUGUUAAUCCCAUCUUAAGUAAUACUCGACCAAUCAAUUUCCCAAGCUUAGGACCAUUUCCUUUUGGUAGGAAUGGUUCGCUUGAAAAUUCUAAUGGUACCGAUUAUUUCGAUGAGGAUGAUCCAUCCCUUUAUUAUCCACCAGCAUAUAGUUUUGUAUACAAAAACAACUAUAGCAACCCUGUACCUCCUGGACCGAUUGUUCCAGGAAUUGUACUACCACCACCUCCGGAACAGUUUUCGCGAUUAGAAAAAGAAGAAAAGAUAACUACAUCAAGUCCACCUCCAUCAACCACAUAUUUGCCUACUCGACAUAGAAUUUAUUCUACAACAUCUGUGCCAACUACUAUUUCCACAACAACAGCAAUCCCUCACCGGCAAGUUAUAACAAAAAUAUCUGAAUACACUCCAAAAACUAUUACCAUCACACCAAUUCCAACGACAGUACCGACACCUAUUCAAACGAAAACAGUUGUGAGAUUCCCACCAUCUCCACCACCAACUCCAAUUUCUUCUGUUACACCACCUGUUGAACCAGUUCCAGUUCCAGUUGCUGUGCCAGUGCCAAUAUACCCAUCUAAUCAUUAUCAAACUGAACGACCAAGUAUUGUGUCUUUUGUACCUACGACACCUUCAUCUACAACAGAUACACUAUCUAAGUCCAAUCCUAUAUACUACGAAUAUGUUGAAGCGAAACGUAAACCAACCACAUCUAAUGUUAUUGAUGACUUUUUAUCUACUACAAAUAAGCCUCCUGUUUCUGAAAGACCAGUAAAACUGUAUCCAGCUAAUAAACGUCCGUCUAAAGGACAAAAUCAUCGUCAUUACUUACCAGCCAAUCGUCCAUUCAUACAAGAAAAUAUUGUGUAUAUUACUCCCAAACCAGAAGUACGCUAUAAACCGCCAACACAUGUUACGCUCUAUAAGCCUCGACCAUUGGAAAACUUUGAAAAUGAAGUCAAUGCAAUACGCGAGACACUGCGCUACUAUCAAAAUCAACAAUUAAGAGACAAUAAUAUACCACGAACACCGAAGGCAAAAACUGUGUAUGAGUACUCAUUUGAUGCCACCAAAAACCUGCAACCAGUACAACCUAUUGCAAAUGAUGACUUUAAGCCUCCAACAGAAUUUGAUGAUCAACCCUUUCAACCAAUGGUUACCUAUAGUCCACCAGUCGAUGAUGAAAAUUCAUUCCGCGCUGUUGCUUUUGAUAAGGUGGAUAGUAAAACGCAAGAACAACCGCAACCGAAAUAUCAAACUUCCACGACUUUAAUUCCGGUAGAACCAGAGGCACAAUAUCAACGUACUUCUCAAGGUAGAUCUAAAAAAUUACGAUUAACUGCAAAAUAUCUUGAACAACCACUUGUUGCAUCAUAUCAACGGCAGCAACAACAACAAGAUCCAAGAAUUUCUCAGGAGUUUCAGAGUACACCAAGAACUAUAUUAACAACACAAGCUCCGUGGGCUUCUAUAGAUGAAUCAAGAAUAACUGAUUAUAGACAUCCACAACAACAACGUGAACAAUAUGAACGUGUACAAAUACCAUACAAGAAUCGAUUUCCCGGUUAUUAUUACGGUCCUCCUCAACCGCCGAUACGUCAAAAUAAUCGAUUCUACGAUGAACCAUUUCAAGGUCCGGUGCGUAAAAUUAUAAAUUAUCGUCCACUUCUACCGCCCGCUCAGCAGCAUCAACAACAACAAUCACCGGUUUGGAGUUUAGAAAACGAUACAUAUGUAAAUUAUGCACCUAAUCGUCCACCACUUAAUCCCGAAGCUGAAUUUAUUGAUCCUUAUCAAACAAUACCAUUAAAUCCAUAUCGAAAUCAGGGCCCCCGCUUACCAUUACCACCACUUUCACAUCAAUCCCAAUAUUAUGCACCGCCACAGCGGCUAUCACCGUCAUUACGUCAACAACAACAACCACAUUCUCUACAUCGUGAUAUUUUAGUGAACUACAGACAGCCUCUACCACCACUGAAUCCAGAAAGUGAAUAUAUUUCACACCCACAAGUGGUACGUAAUCAACCACAGCAAGUUUAUAGAGAGAAUGAUUAUAGACAACUACCGAAUGUUGGUGAACAAGGCAAUGUCUAUUAUAUUACACCAAAAUAUCGACGAGCUUUUAACAGUAAUAAUAAUAACAACAAUAAUAAUAAUAAUAAAAACAAUAAUGCUAACACAGGAGGUGAAAAUAAUGGAAAAUAAUUGGACCCUCUUUUAAACAUUGGUGUCAAAUACUUGAUAUGGCUGUGUGCAUGUGAUGUCUGUUUGAAAGGAAUGAAUGAGAUAUGAAGAUUGUGUAUUAAAAUAUAGUUAGAUAGUUCAGUAUAUUAUUGAUUCUUUUGAAAUUCAUAUUUGAUAUGUGAUUUAUUGUAGAGACAUAAUUAUUAAUUUAUAUUUUUAUAAUGUAUAGGUAAUAUAUGAUCAAAGAAUAAAACUAAAUAUAAUGUCAAUGGUAUUUCUUUAGAAGUUUUAAUGAUAGAAAUUAGUUUGAA